AGAGGAGGCCAUAAACGAUUAGCCCUUGCUUUCAGACACAUUUCUUCUUUUGUUUCCUUUUUUUUUUCCUUUCAAUUUUCUUCUAUUCCAUUCAUAGAAUUGCAUGAUUGGGACUUUCACUGCAAAUAAAUGCGAUUUAGUUGAAAAAAUACGUCAAAAGCUUCCUCAUUUUUUCUAAUAAGCUCUUACACACAGGCGGAAGAGAGAGAAAAGGGGUGAAUCUAAAGUCUAAACAGCCAUACGACCCAUUUACACCCAUAGAAUCACAGUCGGGUUUCAUUCAUCUUCAAUAACCAAUCACAAUCACAGCUUCGAGAUACUGAAACCUCUACUCGGCUUCUUUCUGUUCGUAUUGCGUCCUUGUUUUCAACGAAAGAGAUGAUUUCUCGAAAACUUCGAUGACGGCUCUAGCAAUUCCAAGCCGUUGACUUGAACUCUGGAUUUUGAAGAAAGCAGGGAACUUGGUGUUGUAGCGAAUGCUUGAAAUGGUUGCACAACGAAGAAAUCUGCAGAGUGGGUCGGCGGUUGGUUUGGAGAAGUGGAGAAGAUGUGGCAAUAAUUAGAGGAAAGGGGUGGAUUUUAGAAGGAUUACUGAGGUGGGUUCUUAUUGUUUAUUGAUUCUGACUCGGAUUAAAUAGGAUACCGGAAGCAGUGGAAUAAGGAGGCUUUUGCUCUGUGGAAAAGGAGGUACUUUUCAUUAGAUUGGUUAGCCCGGGAAACCGACUACUGAUGGUGGGAAGGGAAGGGAGGGUUUUAAGCUAUUAAUCGAGUUUUUGCGAUCUUAGCUGCUGAUUGUGUGUUAGAAUUUUGUCAGUUGGUUUGAUACUUGGGAGAAACUUUAGGUCGCAGAUUGCUUCGAAACUCCGAAUUGUUCUUUAUUCUAUUUUGUUGGUGCUAUCCAAUAAUAGGAAUUUGCAGUUCGUAUCAAGGAAUUGUUCUUUAAAUACUGAGAAUGGAUGAGUUGUGCUGAAUGUUGGUAUCAAGGAGAGUUGUAGGGAUGAAUUCUGCAAUGGAUGAUAUCAACUUGCUACAGCAGAGACACCACUUGGUGGUCAGGGAAAUAGGAGAGGAGAUUGAUCUGGAGAUUGGGCCUGGCGACGACGAUCCCUCAUUUGCUAAUACGCCUCUCAUGGGUGUUCCACCACGAGAACCUUCUGCUGAAGAGCAGGAAGAGCAUAAACAGCUCCUCAUGGCUGCGCAAAACCAGAAUGAAGAGCAAGAGGUUCCAAAGACACAACCAACGAAAAAGAAGAAGAAGGUGGUCAAGAGAUGGAGGGAGGAAUGGGCUGACACCUACAAAUGGGCUUAUGUUGAUGUCAAAGAGGGCACUGCAAGAAUAUUCUGUUCUGUUUGCAGGGAAUAUGGGAGGAAGCACAGAAGGAACCCAUAUGGGAAUGAAGGCAGUCGGAAUAUGCAGAUGAGUGCACUGGAAGAGCACAACAACAGCCUGCUUCAUAAAGAGGCUCUCCGGCUCCAGAUGGCCUCCAAGGACAAGAUUAUAACCAUUGCUGACAAACCCAUAUAUGUAAAAGCUCUUAUGUCUAAAACUGCUGGAUCAAUUGUUGAAGCUGUACUAAGAAGGGAUCCUCAUGAGGUUGAGUUCAUACAGUCAGUACAAGAAGCUGUUCAUUCUUUAGAACGAGUAAUAGCAAAGAAUACUCAUUAUAUCCAUAUUCUGGAGCGAUUGUUAGAACCUGAGCGUAUGAUUGUAUUUCGAGUGCCAUGGGUUGAUGAUAGGGGAGAGACACAUGUAAAUCGAGGAUUCCGUGUACAAUUCAGCCAAGUCUUGGGUCCUUGCAGGGGUGGUUUGCGUUAUCAUCCAUCCAUGAACUUGAGUACUGCCAAAUUUCUUGGGUUUGAACAGACCUUAUAUUUUCACAUUUCUCCACAGACUUUAAAGAAUGCUUUGUCGCCAUACAAGCUUGGAGGGGCUGGUGGAGGAAGUGAUUUUGACCCAAAGGGGAAAAGUGAAAAUGAGAUUAUGCGCUUUUGCCAAAGUUAUAUGGAUGAAUUAUAUCGAUAUUUGGGUCCAGAUCAGGAUUUACCUGCAGAAGACAUGGGGGUUGGUCCUCGGGAGAUGGGUUACCUCUUUGGACAAUAUAGACGUCUAGCCGGUCAUUUUCAGGGAAGUUUUACAGGGCCAAGGAUCUUCUGGUCUGGUUCUAGUCUUAGAACUGAAGCUACUGGCUAUGGACUGGUUUUUUUUGCCCAGAUUAUGCUUGCAGAAAUGAAUAAAGAACUGAAAGGAUUAAGGUGUGUUGUAAGUGGCUGUGGAAAGAUUGCAAUGCAUGUCUUGGAGAAGCUUCUUGCUUAUGGUGCUGUGCCCAUCACAGUAUCAGAUUCCAAGGGUUACUUAGUGGAUGAAGAUGGAUUUGAUUAUGUGAAGAUAUCACUUUUAAGGGACAUCAAAGCUCAUCAGAGAAGUUUGAGAGAUUAUUCAAAGACCUAUGCUCGAUCUAAGUACUAUGAUGAGGCAAAACCUUGGAAUGAAAGGUGUGAUGUUGCAUUUCCUUGUGCAGCACAAAAUGAAAUCGAUCAAUCUGAUGCUGUGAAUUUGGUUAAUUCAGGCUGUCGUAUACUAAUAGAAGGUUCAAAUAUGCCUUGUACCCCAGAAGCAAUUGAUGUGCUGAGGAAAGCUAAUGUUCUGGUUGCCCCAGCGAAGGCUGCUGGUGCUGGAGGGGUUGCUGCUGGAGAACUUGAAUUAAAUCAUGAAUGUAACUUGAUGCACUGGUCUCCUGAGGACUUUGAAACUAAAUUACAGGAUGUCAUGAAACAGACAUACCAGAAAGCCAUCAAAGCAGCAACAGACUUCGGGUAUCAGAAAGAAUCUCCUGAGGCUUUGGUGCAUGGUGCAACAAUUGCUGCUUUCCUAACACUUGCUCAAGGCAUGACCGAUCAAGGCUGUGUAUAGAAGCCAUGGAUAUUGUUCAAUCAAUGUGCAUGCUCGUCAAGAUGUGUGCAUGCUGCAUCUAUAACCAGAUAAUUGAGGACCAUCAGCUAUCAUUGGAUCCUUUGGCGUUUGUGUAUCUCAACUUUACAUGUAUUUUUUUUAUGGCUGAUGACAUGAAAGACUUGGCGGUGUACACGUGAAAGCUUCUUCCUCUGAUCCUCUUGUAACAUAAUUCUUCUGUUAUAUAAAAGUCUUAGAACUAAUUUGUGGAAUACAGGAAAAGUUAGUAGUGGCAGCAGCAAAGGAUCUUCAAAUUUCAUUGCUGGGAAGCUUUUGUAUUCUACCUCCACUAUGCACAUUGCAGCUUUGUGAAGAACCUGAAAAUGAUUGAAUUGAAAUAUGAUUUUUCUAGUAUCUAUGUCACCAUGUAGAGACCAUUACAUGGUGC